GCACGGUGCAGCCAGGCCACACAGACACAUUGAUAGCUAGCUAGAGCACAAAGCAAAGCCAGGUCAGCCGGCUUCAAUUCGGUCAUCGUCCAUGGGGGCGUUGGCGGCGUCGAUCGCGUCGCACGUGCCGACGGGGCUGCUGGCGUCGCUGGCGUCGUCGGUGGCGAACCCCGGGGAGCUGCUGCGGAGGGCGGGGAGGCUGGAGGACGAGAUCAGGGAGCUGCUCCGGGUGAACGGGCGGCGCGCGGGGGCGGCGGCGGCAGAGCAGGGGACUCGGGAGCGGUUCCUGCGCGCGUACGAGCGGCUCAAGAGCGAGCUCCUCAACGACCGCGCCUUCAACUUCGACUUCACCCCCGAGACCAGGCAGUGGGUCGCCAAGAUGCUGGACUACAACGUACCUGGAGGGAAACUGAACCGGGGCCUGUCGGUGAUCGACAGCUACAUGCUGCUGCGAGAAGGGACCGAGGUGGACGACGAGGACUUCUACCUCGCCUGCGUGCUCGGCUGGUGCAUCGAAUGGCUCCAGGCGUCUGCACUGGUGCUGGAUGACAUCACGGAUAAUGCCUACACGAGGCGCGACAACCUCUGCUGGUACAAGCUACCCACGGUUGGAAUGUCUGCAAUAAACGACGGCGUGCUGCUCAAAUGCCACGUCCAGGCGAUCAUCAAGAGGUACUUCAAGGAGAAGCUCUACUUCAUGGACCUCAUGGAGCUAUGGAACGAGAUUGGGCUGCAGACUGCCAUGGGACAGAUGCUGGAUCUCAUCACUACUCAUACCGGUGCCAAGGAUCUCGCGAGAUACAGAAUUCAGGGGUACCGUCGAAUUGUCAAGUACAAGACAUCCUACUACUCAUUCUACCUGCCGGUUGCCUGUGCAUUGCUCUUGAAUGGCGUGAAAUUGAGCGAUUACGUCGAGUUGAAAAAUGUACUCGUUGAAAUGGGCGUGUACUUUCAGAUACAGGAUGACUACCUGGAUUGCUUUGGUGACCCUGAAGUAAUUGGUAAGGUUGGAACAGACAUAGAAGACUACAAGUGCUCCUGGCUAAUAGUCCAAGCUAUGGAACUGGCUGACGAGAAUGAGAUGAAAAUACUAUACGAGAACUAUGGCAAAUCUUCUCCAGAAAAUGUUGCGGCGGUGAAGAAUGUCUAUAAGGAGCUUGAUCUUCAGGACAUAUUUUUGGAGUAUGAGUCAAGAGUUUACAAGCACCUGGUAUCAACCAUCGAAGCAGAACCAGACCGCGCGAUCCGCGAGAUUUUAAGGAUCUUUCUUAAGAAGAUUUACAGGAGGAAGAAGUAGACGGUACUCUUGUUUUCAUAACGGUGCUUAGCUAUGGGAGCAACCUUAAUCCAAAGCUUGGGAUGCGACGCGCUCCCUUGUACAACGUGUAUGAUAUGAACUCGGAGAAGACCAAACAGAAUAAGAAUUACGAUAUCUUGUAAGUUAUAUGUACUGAUCUGAUGAUCUGAUCUCAAUAAGAGUUGUCACAUAAGAAAUUAACAAGCUAA